AUGGGCUGCUCUGGCUGUUCCGGAGGCUGCGGCUCCAGCUGCGGGGGCUGCGGCUCCAGCUGCUGUGUGCCCGUCUGCUGCUGCAAGCCCGUGUGCUGCUGUGUGCCAGCCUGCUCCUGCUCCAGCUGCGGCUCGUGUGGGGGCUCCAAGGGGGGCUGUGGCUCCUGUGGGGGGUCUAAGGGGGGCUGCGGCUCGUGUGGAGGCUCCAAGGGGGGCUGUGGUUCCAGCUGCUGUGUGCCCGUGUGCUGCUGUGUGCCAGCCUGUUCUUGCUCCAGCUGUGGCAAAGGGGGCUGUGGCUCCUGUGGCUGCUCCCAGUCCAGCUGCUGCAAACCCAGCUGCUCCCAGUCCAGCUGCUGCAAACCCUGCUGCUCCCAGUCCAGCUGCUGCAAACCCUGCUGCUCCCAGUCCAGCUGCUGUGUCCCUGUUUGCUGCUCCCAGUCCAGCUGCUGCAAACCCUGCUGCUCCCAGUCCAGCUGCUGCAAACCCUGCUGCUCCCAGUCCAGCUGCUGCAAACCCUGCUGCUCCCAGUCCAGCUGCUGUGUCCCUGUUUGCUGCUCCCAGUCCAGCUGCUGCAAACCCUGCUGCUCCCAGUCCAGCUGCUGCAAACCCUGCUGCUGCCAGUCCAGCUGCUGUGCCCCCGUUUGCUGUCAGUGCAAGAUCUGA